CGGACUGGCGAAAGAGCCGGACUAGGGGCCGUCUGGUGUUGGGGGGCGGUGACUGUAGCGAGCGUGGCGCGCGCGCGCGCGCGGCCCGAACUAACAGGAUGGAACGCGCCCGGGAGGGCUCUCUUUGCUCCUACCCCCCUUCUCCUCCUCCUCCCCGCGCCUAGAAUCUAGGAGUUGGGGAAGCUCCCCACAGGGGAGGAGGGAGGGAGGAGAAAGUGCGCGAGACCCGGACCACCCCCUCCACCCUAGAAACAGGGGCGGGGCAGUGCCCCGAGCCUAGUGCAUGCGACCGGCUGGGGCAUCCUGGAGAAGCCUUGGUGUCCGGCCCUCGCGCCGUGAGUGACCCUGCCGCGCGCGUGCGGGAGGGAGGAGGAGGAAGAGAAGGAAGCGGCAGCAGCAGAACGCGGAGCCGGGCGCGGAAGGAGCCGAGACAUGGCCAGCGACACGCUUCAGUCUGGAGGGAGCACCCCUCGGCCAAGCUGAUGGCAGGGCCCCCGUGUGGAGGAGCCAGCCGCGUCUGGUGCUGCCGAUCGCACAAGAGCGAGCCCGGGAGCUGGUCAGUGCUGGAGCAGCUGGGCCUGUCAGGAGCAGACCUGGCAGCCCCAGGGGUACAGCAGCGCCUGGAGCUGGAGGUGGAACGGCUGCGGCGGGAGAUCCGAAAGGAACUGAAGCUGAAAGAGGGGGCAGAAAAUCUUCGGCGAGCCACCACUGACCUCGGCCGAAGCUUGGGGCCAGUGGAGCUGCUACUCAGGGGCUCCACACGACGCCUGGACCUGCUGCACAGCCAGCUGCAAGAGCUCCAUGGCCUUGUGGUGCUACAUGAGCCCAGCCAGGCCCAGCCUCAGCUGGGCCAAGCCCAAGAUGGCCCCCAGUCCCCUAACUGCUCGGCCACCAGUCUGAGUCUGGUGGCCGGCUUGGAGAAGCAGCUGACCAUCGAGCUCAAGGUCAAGCAAGGGGCAGAAAACAUGAUCCACACCUACAGCAAUGGCAGCACCAAGGACCGGAAGCUGCUGCUCACGGCCCAGCAGAUGCUGCAGGACAGCAAGACCAAGAUCGACAUCAUCCGCAUGCAGAUUCGAAGAGCCUUACAGGCUGGGCAGCUGGAGAGCCAGGGCUCGGAGGAGUCACACGGGGGCCCGGACCUGGGGGCCGUGGAGCUGCGCAUCGAGGAGCUAAGGCACCAUUUCCGAGUGGAGCACGCUGUGGCCGAGGGGGCAAAGAACGUGCUGCGCCUGCUCAGUGCUGCCAAGGCCCCGGACCGCAAGGCAGUCUCCGAGGCCCAGGCCAAGCUGACAGAGUCCACCCAGAAGCUGGCAUUGCUUCGGGCAGCCUUGGAACUCCGCCUUGGGGAGCUGCCUGCAGAGCACCCCAAGGGGCGGCUGCUGCUGGAAGAACUGGCCAUGGCUUCGUCCUCUGCCUUCAGUGCCCGCCUUGGCCCCUUCCCUGCCACUCAGUACAGCACGCUCUGCAAGCCCUCGCCCCUCACAGGGACUCUGUCAGUACGUGUGCUGGGCUGCAGUGGGCUUCCUGAGACUGUCCCUUGGAGUUCUCCACCAACUUCAGGGAGCUCAGGCACCCCCGAAGGCCGUACCCCCUUCCUGGGACGCCCAGCAAGGGGCCUCUAUAGCAGAAGUGGCAGCCUCAGUGGCAGGGGCAGCAUCAAGACUGAAGAACCAACCAAUGAAGUCAGUGCUGUGCUCAAGGUAGACAACACAGUGGUAGGCCAGACGCCAUGGAAGCCGUGUGGCCUGAAUGCUUGGGACCAGAGUUUCACCCUGGAGCUAGAAAGGGCCCGAGAGCUUGAACUAUCUGUGUUCUGGAGGGACCAGCGUGGCCUCUGUGCCCUUAAGUUCCUGAAGCUUGAGGAUUUUCUGGACAACCAGAGACAUCAGGUUCAAUUAGAGUUGGAACCUCAAGGCUGUCUUCUGGCAGAGGUCAUUUUCCACAACCCAGUGAUUGAGCGGAUCCCACGACUACAAAGGCAAAAAAAGGUGUUCUCCAAGCAGCAGGGGAAGGCCUUCCUUCGAGCCCGGCAAAUGAACAUUGACAUUGCUACAUGGGUACGGCUCCUUAGGCGGCUCCUUCCCAGUGCCAAUUCCACAGGCACUUUCAGCCCUGGGGCCACCACAGCUGAAAGUCGGACAUCAGGGGACAUUUCCAUUGAGAAGCUGAACCUGGACUCUGAUAGCUCCACCCAGAAAAGUCCCCUGGACCUCCUCUCCAGCCCCUCUAGCCUUUCCAGCCCCUCUUCCCUGAGUCCCAGAAGCCAAGAUCCCCCACAGCCCCUGGAAUUGAUGCCUGAAGACAAAGAGAUCCCCGGACCCACCCCAUCCAGCCCCCUGAGGACAUCCCCAUUGAGCCUGAACGACUUCAAAUUCCUGGCAGUACUGGGCCGAGGCCACUUUGGGAAGGUGCUCCUGUCUGAGUAUCUGCCCAACGGGGAGCUCUUUGCCAUCAAAGCCCUGAAGAAGGGGGACAUAGUGGCCCGGGAUGAAGUGGAGAGCCUGAUGUGUGAGAAGCGGAUUCUGGCCGCGGUGACGGGCGCUGGCCACCCCUUCUUGGUCAACCUGUUCGGCUGCUUCCAAACCCCUGAGCACGUAUGCUUUGUCAUGGAAUAUGCGGCGGGUGGGGACCUCAUGCUGCACAUUCACAGUGAUGUCUUUACGGAGCCUCGAGCUGUCUUUUAUUCGGCUUGCGUGGUGCUGGGGCUGCAGUUUCUGCACGACCACAAGAUUGUCUACAGGGACCUGAAAUUGGACAACUUACUGUUGGACACCAAAGGCUACGUGAAAAUUGCGGACUUUGGGCUCUGCAAGGAGGGGAUGGGUUUUGGUGACCGCACCAGCACCUUCUGUGGGACCCCAGAGUUCCUGGCUCCUGAAGUGUUGACUGAUACAUCCUAUACCAGGGCAGUGGAUUGGUGGGGACUCGGUGUCCUCCUCUAUGAGAUGCUGGUGGGGGAGUCCCCAUUCCCUGGAGAUGAUGAAGAGGAGGUGUUUGACAGCAUUGUUAAUGAUGAGGUCCGCUACCCCCGGUUCCUUUCCACAGAAGCCAUCGGCAUCAUGCGAAGGUUACUUCGACGGAACCCAGAGAGACGCCUGGGUUCUGGUGAGCGGGAUGCUGAGGAUGUUAAGAAGCAGCCAUUCUUCCGGACUCUGGGCUGGGAGGCAUUACUUGCUCGCCAGCUGCCGCCCCCUUUCAUUCCUGUGAUCAAGGGCCGAACAGACAUCAGUAACUUCGAUGAAGAGUUCACCGGAGAGGCCCCAGCUCUGACACCACCCCGAGAGGCUCGCCCCCUCUCAGCUGCUGAGCAAGAAGCAUUCAGGGAUUUUGACUAUGUCUCUAAAGACUGCUAGCACUGCCUCUCCCCAAAGGACAAUGAAUGGACUGAAGCCUUCUCUCCAACCAAUUCUCUGCAGUUUGUAGUUUUUAAAAGGCCUUUGGGAUUUGCCCCAUCA